CGGCGCUAUGGCUGAUGAGAAGAAAGCACAGCAAGCAUCCAAGAAGGGCGCGAAGAAAAUCAUCAAGAAGGCGCCAGCGAAGGGCGGCAGAAAGAGGAAGCGGACCAGGAAAGAAAGUUACUCCAUCUACAUCUACAAAGUGAUGAAGCAGGUUCACCCCGACACCGGCAUCUCCUCCAAGGCCAUGAGCAUCAUGAACUCGUUCGUUAACGAUAUUUUCGAGCGUAUCGCGGGGGAGGCUUCCCGCCUGGCCCAUUACAACAAGCGCAGCACCAUCAGCUCCCGGGAGAUCCAGACCGCCGUGCGGCUGCUGCUGCCCGGGGAACUGGCCAAGCACGCCGUGUCGGAGGGCACGAAGGCGGUGACCAAGUACACCAGCUCCAAGUGAAGGACCCCAUUGCUCUGAGACAUAUACAUCCACAACCCAAAGGCUCUUAUAAGAGCCACCCACAACUUCCCUGACGUAGCUGAACCGUUUCUUUAAGGGUUGUUUGUUUUAGUUUGCAUGUGAUUCUUGAUAAGGCAUUUUAACUUACUGUGCUACGUAUUUUUGUGUUUAAUAAGUGCUUUGCAAGUUAUUCGGGAGUGUUGGAGAGAGAGCAGAUCAGGCGCCAGUGAGUCAUUUUCCAUCUUGCUUGUUCACUCCUGGCAAACAAAUGCCCACGUCUCCGUCCCACGAUUAAUGCGUUUUACCUUCUGAUUUACUUUACAUUUCCAAUGCGCGGGUGAGAUCCGUUUUUUCGCAAUGCAAAAUAAAGCUGCUUGUUGUGGGUGAGAGACUUUCAAAGCGAACCGAGAGAACACCAACACACGUACCGGACCGAAAC